AUGAAAAACAAGCCCCUUAUUAAGAUAAAUAAUCACAAGAAAAACUACUUUUUUAAAGGAAAUUACCUAACCAGCGUAUAUGACGUAACUGUUGCAUACCCUUGUAAAGAAAUAGUUCAAAACGAGGCGGAAAUGUUAUUUAGAGGAAAACUUUCAAGUCAAGUACAUUAUGCAAUUAGGAGAUUUGAUCAAAAUGAAUUGCCUAAAAUGGGUGAAGAAUUGCAUGAAUGGUUACUUAAAAUUUGGGCAGACAAAGAAGGCCGUUUAAAUGACUUCUAUAACGAAUCAUCAUCUACACGUCGCCAUUUAUUACAACCGGGGAAUGGAUCCACACUAAAUAGAAUCUGGAUAAAAGAUAAUUGGAAGCAGUUGGGGGUUAAAAUUUUUGGGUUUUGUUUUUGGUGUAGUGUUGUGCCUGUUUGGCUGUUCCAUUUGGGAUUUUUACCUUUUAUAGGUUUUAUUUUUCUUUUGCUCAAUUAUUUAUUUAUUUAUUCAAUAUAUGGAGGAUUAGAUGAAAUGAUUCUUUGUCAAUGGGAAAAAUUUAAAAGAAGGAAAAUUGAGAAAGCUUUAAAAAAUAUAGAAAAUGGAGAAAAUUUGUUGGAAAUUAAUUAA